AUGAGCAAACAGCGUGUAGAUAAAAAGAGAACCUACAUAAAUGACACAACGAUAAAACAAGGAGAAAAAGAAUUCACUAGUGAACGAAAGAGAUGGGGAUCCCCCAACAAAUCCUAAGAACCACACCUCAUCCCCAAUCCAAAACCCUAGCAACCCUAACUCCUCAAAAAAAAUCCCCAUUCCCAAAUAUAACCCCUUUCCAUACCUGCUGCGGGAAUAAAUUAAUACCUACAAUUCGAAAUUCCGACAAAACCCUUGUAAUAUCCCCUCUAAAGGUCAACCCUUUGCCCACAAAUCCAUUGACCAAUUCUCGAUUUGGGUUCUCUGGGCUCUCGCAUCCCAGCAGGAGAAUAGGAAUAGCAAUGGCCUCUUCGGGCUCGGUUCAGAAAUCAGAGGAGGAGUGGAGGGCUGUUCUAUCGCCUGAGCAGUUUCGGAUCCUUCGCAUGAAGGGAACUGAGUAUCCUGGAACUGGUGAGUAUGACAAGUUCUAUGAGGAAGGUAUCUAUGAGUGUGCUGGUUGUGGAACUCCACUAUAUAAAUCUACUACAAAGUUCAACUCUGGAUGUGGAUGGCCAGCUUUCUUUGAGGGACUUCCUGGUGCCAUAAAUCGCACUGCGGAUCCUGAUGGAAUGAGAGUAGAGAUUACAUGUGCAGCUUGUGGUGGGCACUUAGGUCACGUGUUUAAAGGCGAAGGAUUCAGAACACCCACCAACGAGCGUCAUUGUGUUAAUAGCAUCUCACUGAAGUUUACUCCAGCCUCUUAAAGCCCCCUUGGCAAUCAAGUAUGUACCUCAUGUGAUUUUCUCAUAUAUUAAUUGGAUGCAUGAAUAAAGAGGCAUCAUCUUGUUUUACGAUGUAAUUUGUUGUCAGCGGAAUAUGUAUUUUCACUGUGUCUCUUACUUUGGAUGCUAAGAUAAACAUUGGUUACAAAGUAGGCGGUCCAAUACAUGUGUUGCUUGCAUUUCAUUCC